GGUGCAAAACGUUGCCGUUGUUUCCGUGUUUGUUUUCUUCUUCUUCAAUAUAAACAGUAAUAUUACUAACAAAACGAGCUUAGUCAUCACCGUUACAUAUGCGUUGAAUAUACGUAUUCCAGUCCUCCAUGGUUACUAAUGUAAACACACACACAAAGGAAAGUGCCAUUUCUCGCUCUCGAACACGUAGCUGUUUCUGUUCAGAUCUGCCGUUGAUUUUCUUUUCGUAGUCUUUAUUAACGUGUUCUGGAGGGAGAAAAAAUGACUGAAGGCACUGCAGGAGCGCACGAGGAACUUGACUCCAGUCUGCACUGGGUGGAAAAGCUGUUUCCUCCUCACUUCACUUUUCAAAACUUGCUAGAAGGCAAAGUCUACAAUGCUGAAGAACCACAACUCGACUGUUUACCUUUAAACCUGAUCUCUGAUAGGGCAGAGUCUAAGAAGCAAAUCUAUCAAAAUGUAUUAAGAAGCGUACAACAGGAAGAGACGAUCAAGAGAAGAAACCUGGUACAGAGAAUGAUCAGACCUAACAGUCCAGUGGAUAUACAUGAUCAUCAAACUGAUAGACUGGAUAAUCAUUUUUGUGACAAAGCAAAUACCACAAGGUGCAUAUGGAACCAGAAGGACAUCUCAGCCCUCCGAGAGACCUUGAACCAGAUAGCAAGAGAUAGAUGGAGGCUGAGGGAGCAGCUCAAAACUUCUGAGGAACUCCUGAGCAAAAAGCAAGAGGAGAAGAUUCAGCUGCAUGGCCUGCUGGAGGAACUUGAUGAGCAGCUGAAGGACUCAAGGAAAGAGGCAGCACUUCAAACCUUGGUAGUGAAGACUUUGAAGAUGGAAAUUCACAAAAUGAGUCUUCAGUUAAAGGAGCUUGCUGUGCAGAGCCAAGAAAAGGACAUAGAGGCAAACAGGUUAAGGGCUGAUGUAAGAAAAGCCAAUGCUGCAUAUCGUCAAGUCAGACAGGAGUGCUCAGAUUUAACUGAAGAAUUGAAGAGAGUAAAGGAGCAACAGAAGAUUGUGUGUGCAAUGGAAGUGCAGGCAGCCAGGAUAGAGCAUGAGGCUGCUGUGGUGAGGCUGCAGAUAGAGCUGGAUGAGACUCGAGCACAACUCAGGGCAGAGAAGGAGAACCGUGCACAGAAGCUCACAGAGCAUAUACAUCGCAACUGACUUGGUGUAAACUUGAGUGUGCCUUUUUUUUUUAUUUCCACUGCAACAUAUGAGGUGCAUCGACAUAUGUAGAUAUGAGCAUUGCAUGUCAAUCAAAGGCAUGGUUAUUUAGAAGAAUCCAAAAAAACUGGCAAGCUCUAUAAAAACAUGUCUACAGGCAAUGUGAUCACAUCAGAGAUGAUAUGGUGAAACUGCUACUUCUAAAAAUAAAAGUCUGGUUUGCAGGAAA